AUGCGGGUGGCAAAAGAGAACAUGGAAUUAUGCUCACCACAAAAACUCAAGGAACGUAUCGCAGAGCUAAGGCUUCAUGCUGCUGAUGUGAAAGAAGAGAUGCGACAGAAGUGGGAAGAAGAACGUCAGAGGCGGGAAGAUGCUCGGCAUGUACAGGAAGAAAGACGAGCUACAGAGGCAGAACGACGAGCUGAAGAGGCAGACCGACGAGCUGAAGAGGCAGACCGACGAGCUGCAGAUGCAGACCGACGAGCUGCAGACGAAGAAAAGCUUCUGAAAGAAAGUAUAAGGAUCGCCAAAGAAACCAAGAAGGAUAGCCGUACCAUGCGCGGUAUUGCUUGGGUCACCAUCGCCUUCCUACCAGCAACGUUUGUGUCCUCAUUCUUCGGCAUGAAUUUCUUUAAUGGCAUUGCAGGAAACGUUCCAUUCGACGACGCAAGUCGCAAUGUCUGGCUGUUCUUCGUAAUCGCCGUGCCGAUUAGUGGCAUUGUCUUGUUCAUCUUCUACUUCUGGGACGAGCAUGAGAGGAAGAAGGAUGAAAGGAAGGUAGAUGGAGAGAAGUCACCCGAGAGUAGUUUGUAA